AUGGGGAUGAAAAACGUUGAUUCCUCUGACUAUGACAAGUGCAACGUUUUGUUUGUCUUUGAAGGUCUGAAUGAGUGCAGACUUCUUCUAGACUUCCAGAACAAUAAGAGCUGUUGUGACAUCAGAGUCCACUUCGUUCUGGAGAGAAUUUUGGAUGAAGCAGUGAGUGCCGACAUCCCCAAAACUCUGAAUGAAAUGUGCACGCACUUCCUGAUUUUUCAGACCAAACAGUGGAAUCAGAAGUACGUUGGAGAGCGAAGUAGAGAUCCUCUGUGGAUGAGGGAGAGCAUCCUGUCGCUGGGAAAACUGGCAUUCCAGCAACUAGAGAAAGAAGGGGAGCUAGAUGUGUUUGACCUGAGGAAAUACACCACAUCAGAGGAGGGUCUUCUAAGGCUGCUGCCAGUUGAAUCAGUGCUGAAUCGAUGCUACAUCACAGAGAGAUGCUGUGAAGCGUUGGCCUCAGCUCUCAGCUCAAACUCCUCACACCUGAGAGAGCUGGACCUGAGUCACAAUGACCUGCAGGACUCAGGAGUUAAGCUGCUCUCUGCUCUACACUGUCAACUGAAGACUCUGAGUUCAUUGAAUAUCAGAAAACUAACAUUUUACAAUAUUUUUUUUCUCUUGUGGAAAACGAUACAUAUUAGAGUUAACAUUCAGUGCAGGGUUGAGUGGAAAACUGAUAGACGUUCUCUGAAUGGUGGGUUUUUUUCUAAACCAAUUUCACAUUUUCAAUCAGAUCACUGUGAGCUCACACUGGAGCCGAACACAGCACACAGACUGCUCUUGCUGUCUGAAGGGAACAGAAAGUUGACACGGGUGAGGGAGAAGCCAUAUCCUAACCAUCCUGAAAGAUUUGACCACUCAAAACAAGUGCUGUGUAGAGAGGAUUUGUUUGGGAGAUGCUACUGGGAGGCAGACUGGAGUGGGGAAUGGGUCAGUAUAGGAGUGGCAUACAAAGGAAUCAAUAGAAAAGACAAGUUUGAUGACAACUGGCAUGGAUGCAAUGCCAAGUCCUGGAGACUGAACUGCUCUCAUUACAACUACAUUGACUGCCAUGGCGAUGAGAGCACUGGCAUACAUGUCCCCUCCUCUCUCUCUAAAAGAGUAGAGGUGUAUCUUGACUGGCUGGCUGGCACUCUGUCCUUCUACAGAGUUGUCUCUGCUGGAUUGACCCACCUGUACACCUUCCGUACCACAUUCGCUGAGCCUCUCUACCCAGUAUUUACUCUUUGGGAUGGCUCCUCUGUGUCCCUGUGCUCCAGGCGAAACAACCUUUAGUGUCUUGGAACACUCUUAAGUCUUCACAGGUUUCACAUGCUUUACUGUUGUUAAUACGUCCUUGUGUGGAACAUGGCUUCUCACAUAGCUAGACACUUUUGUGUAUAUAAAGUGCUAUUGAAGCAGUUAUUAGUCCCUGUAACUUAAAUCUAAAUAAUGUGCAAUGUUUAUGAUUAAUGCUAUUCUGUAGAUGAUUAACUUCUGUUUUUAACUUCUAUUGCCUUUGCUGUAGUUUUCCAUAUCUUGAAUUAAUAUUAAAACUGGGUUUGUCAGAACAACAACCAUCAUUGAGUUGGACUCUCAAUCCUUAUGGUGUAAAACUCCAUCAUCACACAUUUGAUCUUUGAGUGAAGAUUAGAAACCGUUAGCUGUUGUUUUUAAAAAAUACUUUGGCUUGUACACGUUGGUUUACAUUACAUAAUGCUUUUUAUCCAUCAGAUUAUAAACCGGGGGCUGCCACAGCACCUCUCCUGUCCCGCUGACUCACCUCUGAACCCCCAAAAAACUGACCUUAGACCAGUGUCAACUUUAUUCAGGUCAAAGGUCUUUAAUCGUGUAGGUCUAAAAAUGGAACUGACCACAGAAAGACAGAAUGGUAGAUGAGAGGUGCUGUGGUCUCUCCAUUUGUAACACGGGUGGUUCAGUGAAUAAUUGAUCACCUGUGUAAGAUCCUGUUUCCCUCUGAUGUCCUGUUUGUUUAUGCCGUUUCUCAUUAAAACACGUGUCUCAGGUCACAUCAAUAUCUAUACAUCAACGGGCAUGUAAUCCUGACAUAAGUUCAUGUGUUUGUGACAAAUCAGCCAGAACAGGUUUUCCAUUAUUGUAAUCUUCAUUGAGCAAUACAACAUAACCACAAAAAAUAACUGAUGUCCAAAUAAAGUCCUCUUGAGAUCAUUGAUAAAAUAUAUUCACCUGAAAAUCCUGGACAUUGUAUGGCCAGAAAGUUGUGGAAUGCUUCAGAGAUGGUUGCACUGAUUGUCUUCAUGAAAUACCAAAUGGCUCUUUUCAACAAAAGCAUCUGUCAGAAAAAAGUUGUUGGGUCUAAUUCGGCCUCUGUUAUACUAUACAGAACAGUAAGCUAUAAAAACAGAGUAGCACACUCCAUAUAUAUAACCAACAGUAAUUUAUUGGGUAAAAAAAAACCCACCAACGUCACUGACGUUUCGGUGAACCUGAAGGCACAGUGAUGCCGAAACAUGGUUUUUAUUUUACCCAAUAAAUUACUAGGAAGUAAUAUAUGGAGUGUGCGACUUUUUGUAGCUUACAGUUUAUUCACAGUUAAGAGAAAAUUAUUUUGUGUAGAGGUGUUGAUUAUGUAUGCGCCAGCUCAUACUUUUAUUAUACUACACUGAACAAAAAUAUAAACGAAACAUGUAAAUUGUUGGUCCCAUGAUUCAUGAGCUGAAAUAAAAGAUUCCAUAAGCACAAAAAGUUUCUCUCAUUUUGUGCACACAUUUGUAUACAUUCCUGUUAGUGAGCAUUUCUCCUUUGCCAAGAUAAUCUAUUCCCCUGACAGGUGUGUGAUGUCA